AUGGUGUUGAUGGUUCUGAUGGUUCUGUCUCUGAUUGUUCUGAUGGUUCUGAUGGUGUUGAUGGUUCUGUCUCAGAUUGUUCUGAUGGUUCUGUCUCUGAUGGUGUUGAUGGUUCUGUCUCUGAUUGUUCUGAUGGUGUUGAUGGUUCUGUCUCUGAUUGUUCUGAUGGUGUUGAUGGUUCUGUCUCUGAUUGUUCUGAUGGUGUUGAUGGUUCUGUCUCAGAUUGUUCUGAUGGUUCUGUCUCUGAUGGUGUUGAUGGUUCUGUCUCUGAUUGUUCUGAAGGUGUUUAUGGUUCUGCUGGUUCUGAUGGUGUUGAUGGUUCUGUCUCUGAUUGUUCUGAUGGUGUUCAUGGUUCUGAUGGUUCUGUCUCAGAUUGUUCUGAUGGUGUUGAUGGUCCUGUCUCUGAUGGUGUUGAUGGUUCUGUCUCUGAUGGUUCUGAUGGUUCUGCUGGUUCUGAUGGUGUUGAUGGUUCUGAUGGUUCUGUCUCUGAUUGUUGUUGAUGGUUCUGCUGGUUCUGAUGGUGUUGAUGGUUCUGUCUCUGAUUGUUGUUGA